AUGCUGCCUCUGCUGCUCCUGUCCCUGCUGUGGGGGGGGUCCCUGCAGGAGAAGCAAGGGUACGAGCUGCAAUUGAAGGAGCGGGUGACGGUGCAGGAGGGCCUGUGAGUCAUCGUGCCCUGCUCCUUCUCCUACCCCUGGAGGUCGUGGCAUCUCCCUCUCUCCUCCUCAGCCCUGACAGAGAAACCCAACAUCCACUUCCUGGAGCCUCUGGAGUCUGGCCGCCCCGUGAACCUGAGUUGCAGCCUGCCAGGUUCCUGCGAAGGGGGACGACCUCUCAUAUUCUCCUGGAAGGGGGAUGCUCUUACUUCAGUGGGCCCUGGGACCCUCCAUUCCUCCGUUCUCAUCCCCACCCUCAAGACCCAGGACCAUGGCACCAGCCUUACCUGUCAGGUGAAACGCCAAGGAGCUCAGGUGACCACAGAGAGAACAGUUCAGCUGAAUGUCUCCUAUGCUCCACAGAACCUCACCAUCCACAUCUUCAGAAAUGGCACAGGUAAGAAAGAACGUCUCCUCUCCAGGGCU